UUAAGAACAUUUUUUGGGACUUUGAAAAUCCUGUCAUUGUUUUCCCCGAAAGAAAUCUCCGUUUCAGGACACUCUAAUAUGCAAAAAUGAAUCUAGCGCUGAAGCGGAGUGUCGUGAAGGGCAGCUGUCAGUUGUUGGCCCUAAACAAGUACAGUCUGUACCAGUAUCUGAAGAACAUAGACACCAUUUUGUACGACGCUGAUGGGGUUCUCUGGCAGAACGAUAAGCCCCUUAGAGGCGCAGUCGAGACCUUCAAUGCCCUGAGAGCCAUGGGCAAAAAGUCAUUCAUUUGCACCAACAACUCAUACGAAUCGGCUCUGGCGGUUUGGAAGAAAGCCAAGAACAUGGAUCUCCUGGUGGGCAAGGACGAAAUCCUUACAUCCGGUCAGGCCAUGGCUAGGUUCUUAAGCGAACAAAACUUCCACCGCAAGGUGUACGCGAUCGGAGGCCAGGGAAUUGUCGACGAACUGAAGCUGGUGGGGAUUAGCUGCCUCCCAUUAGACCCUCCAAACACUGACAGUGACUUUAUUAAUAAAAUAGUUUUGGAUCCCGAAGUGGGUGCCGUCGUGGUGGGCAUGGACAAGGACUUCGACGCUCACAAGAUCACCAAGGCCACGUGCUAUCUCCGGGAUCCGGAUGUCAUGUUUGUGGCCACCAAUCGGGACCUUGCCUAUCCAGCAGCUCCUGGCCGGAUGAUUCCCGGUGCCGGUGUGAUGGUGGCUGCCAUCCAGGCGGCCAGUCUGCGGGCUCCCUACACUUGCGGCAAACCCAAGCCGUAUUUCUGCUCUCAUAUAAUGCGGCAAGGACUCCUUCAGCCGGAACACACCUUGAUGGUGGGGGAUACAAUGGCGACGGACAUCCAGUUUGGGUACAAUUGCAGUUUUCAGACCCUUUUGGUAGGCACAGGAGUGAGCAGCUACAAAGACGCCCUAGCGGCUCAGGAAUCCAGUGAGCCCUUCAUGUAUCAACAAGUACCUGAUAAAUUUGUUUCCAAAUUAUCCGAUUUGCUACCUUUUCUAUUUUCCCGAAAUAGGUAAAAUAAUUUGUGUGUUUAAAGAAUAAUUAAUAAAUGUAGUUAAUGGCUAAACUC